ACUGUAGAUCCACCGAUCGAGUGAAAUGUGAAAGGCUUCCAAUUUUGAACUGUGAAGCGGAGACAACUUUGAAGAUACUGAACCCGAUACUCCAGAAUCUCUUCGAGUACAUUCCCAUCACUGAAAUUAGGCAAAUAUUUUCAUCAAAUUCUUCAAUCCAAUAUAUAUAUAUAUAUAUAUAUCCAUAUAUAUCCACAAAAUUUUCGACUGCUUCUUGUUCAAGAAACAAUUAAAUCAGAGUCUCUCGUCUAUAAAAGAGCAAGCUAAGAGAAUAGUAGUAGAAGGAAAAUGUCGGUGCAAGAAUAUCUGGACAAGCAUAUGCUCUCUCGCAAAAUCGAAGACGCAGUCAAUGCCGCCGUUAGGGCCAAAACUCAAGAUCCUGUUCUUUUCAUCUCAAACCACAUGAAGAAAGCGGUUCCUUCGAUGAUCACGAAGGUGAAAGCCAGGCAAAUCCUGGAUAGCAGAGGAAUUCCUACUGUUGAAGUGGAUUUAUACACCAAUAAGGGCAUGUUCCGUGCUUCGGCUCCUAGCGGCGCUUCUUCUGGAAUGUAUGAGGCUAUUGAAUUACGCGAUGGAGACAAAGGAACAUAUCUUGGAAAUGGUGUGCAUAGAGCUGUUAGGAAUGUCAAUGAGAAAAUAUCUGAAGCUUUGAUCGGUAUGGAUCCAACUCUUCAGUUUCAAAUUGAUCAGGCCAUGGUAGACUUGGACAAGACAGAGAAGAAGGGUGAACUUGGUGCAAAUGCGAUUUUAGCUGUGUCAAUUGCUGCUUGCAAAGCUGGAGCUGCUGAAAAAGAGGUUCCACUUUACAAACACAUAGCUGAUCUUUCUGGCAGAAGCAACUUAAUUCUUCCUGUCCCUGCCUUCUCUCUUAUAAGUGGAGGAAAACAUGCUGGGAACAAUCUUCCUAUUCAGGAUAUUAUGAUUCUCCCAGUUGGAGCAAAAAAAUUUGAGGAGGCAUUGCAAAUGGGCUCUGAAACCUACCAUCACUUAAAGGCUGUUAUUUCAGAAAAAUAUGGUGCACAUGAACGUAAUGUUAGUGAAGACGGUGGUUUCGCUCCAAACAUUUCCAGCUUAAGAGAAGGGUUGGAUCUUGUCAAGGAGGCCAUUGAUAGAACAGGCUAUAAUGAGAGAAUAAAGAUAACAAUUGAUGUUUCUGCCACUGAUUUCUGCAUAGGUACAAAGUAUGAUCUGGAUUUUAAAUCCCCAAAUAGAUCAGGGCAAAAUUUCAAGUCAGGAGAGGAUAUGAUUGCAAUGUAUAAAGAACUUUGUUCAGACUACCCAAUUGUAGCGAUUGAAGAUCCAUUUGACAAGGAGGAUUGGGAACAUGUCAAACAUCUUUCUAGCCUUGGAAUAUGCCAGGUUGUGGGGGAUGACUUGUUGAUGUCAAAUCCAAAACGCAUUGAGAAAGCCAUUCAAGAGUCUGCUUGCAAUGCUCUUCUUCUCAAGGUAAAUCAGAUUGGGACUGUGACAGAAGCCAUUGAAGUAGUGAAGAUGGCAAAAGAUGCCCAGUGGGGACUUGUGAUCGCUCAUAGAUGUGGGGAAACUGAAGAUUCUUUCAUAGCCGAUUUAUCUGUUGGCCUUGCCACAGGUCAGAUUAAAGCUGGUGCACCUUGCCGAGGAGAGCGGCUGGCAAAGUACAACCAGUUGCUUCGAAUUGAAGAAGAGCUUGGCGACCAAGUAGCGUAUGCUGGCGAGGACUGGAGGAUGUCCUGAUCAUACUCUUCAGUUUUGGGUUCUCCAAUUUUUCUUAAUUGCUUCUUGGUACAUGAAGCUACUAGGUCAUGAUGAAGUUGUUAUUCUGCACAAAGGCUCUUUAUCUCAAGUGUUUCGUCUGAUUGUAGAGGGGACUAGAAAUGCAUAGCAAGGUUCCAUUUUUGGGUGGUGAUAGUUGCAUUUUUUUUUUUUUCUCUUUCUUUUGGUGGGUGGGGGUGUAUUUUCCUUCCUUUUGAAAUAUCAGAAAAUUAUAACUGAAUUUGUGAAAAUGGUAUGUACUUUUUACCCAA